AUGGAUUUGCGAUUGUCUGCUGCAGCAGCAAAAACCCUUAACCCCGCAGCAGCAGCAGCAGCAGCAGGAGGUAUUACUCCUAUACCUCUAGAACAGUCUUCUGCUGCUGCUGUUGCUGCUGCAGCUGCAGCUGCAGCUGCUGCAGAGACAGAAGCAGCAGCAGCAGCAGCAGCAGGGGCGCAGCAGCAGCACGCUCCUAUACUAACUCCUCACCUUCCCCUCUCUGUUGUGCCUGUCUUACAGGGGCCCCUGAGGGCCCCCCAGAAGCGUACCCGUCAGCAGCAGCAGCAGCAGCAGCAGCAGCAGCUGGAGCAGCAGGUGGAGCAGCAGGAGCAUCAGUUACAUCGUGAUCCCCUAUUACUAUUGCUGCAGCAGCAGCAACAACAGCAACAGCAGCAACAGCAGCAGCAGCAGCAAGGGUGUGGUGUAUACGCAGCAGCAACUAUGUCACCGCAGCAGCCACGGACACCGCUGCUGCAGGUAGCUGAGGAUACACCUGGAGACUACCCGCUGCAGCAGCAACUUGCUGCUGCCUCCCUAUCUAACUCGGGGGGCCCCUGUGGGGCCCCCCUUACCUCUUUAUUAACAAUUGAUUCAAAGGCAGCAACGCCGCUGCUGCAGCACGAGCGCAUGCGCUGCAGCAGCAGGACACCAGCAGGAUCUAGUGCUGCAGCAGUAGCAGCUGCUGCUGUUGCAGCUGCUGCUGCUGCAGGUACAAUGGAUGUCCCAACAAGUACUACUACUGCUGCUGUUGCAGCAGCACCUACUGCUGCUGUUGCUGCUGUUGCUGCUGCUGCAGCUGCUGCUGCUGCUUACCCCUCUGGACGCAUGCAAACAGCAGCAAAAGAAGAGAGCAGCAGCAGCCCCGUGCUGCUGUCCGGGGACAACAGUCGUCGCCUAGAGGGGACGGAUGGGCCUCUACUAGAUUCUGCUGCUUCCCCAGCAGCAGCAGCAGGAGGAGGAACAGCAGCAGGGACAGCAGCAGCAGCAGCAGGAACAGGAACAGGAACAGCAACAGGAGCAGCAAAAGGAGGCAGAGCCCCACGAAGGGGAACAAGAAGGAAACCAACAAGAAACAAGAGAACAGGAGGAGCAGCAGCAGCAGCAACAAGAUGUGCUGCUGCACAACAAGAUGCAGCAGCAGCAGCAGCAGCAGCAGAAGAUAUGGUGCAUGCAUACACCCCAGAUACACCAACAGCAAGACAAACAAAGCGACGAAGACAUCAACAGCAGCAGCAGCAGCAGCAGCAGCAACUGCAGCAGUAUGGAGAAGGUAUAUGUUCUAUAGAGGAAUCAGGAGGAGCAGCAGGAGGAGGAGGAGGAGCAGCAGCAACAGCAGCAAAUGCUGCUGCAUGCAGCAGCGAAGAUUUUUGGGUAAGACCAUUAGAAGUAAUAGAUUGCUGCAGUUGUCUUGUAGACACCCAACAGCAGCAGCAGCAGCAGCAGCAGCAGCAGCAGCAGCAGCUAGCAGCAGCAGGAGGAGGAGCAAUAACAACACCUUUAUGGAAUUCUUUAACAGGACCAUCAGCAGCAGGAGCAGCAGGAGCAGGAGCAGCAGCAGCAGCAGCAGGAGGAGGUGCAGCAGGAGGAGCAGCAGGAAUGACCCCUAGCUCGUGUUUGGCUCAAAUAAACGGGAAUAAUAUGUUAAACAACAUUAGCAGCAGCAGCAGCAGCAGCAGCAGCAGCAGCAGCAGCAGCAAUAAUUGUUGUGCAGGAGGAGGAGGAGCAGCAGCAACAGCAGCAGGUGCAGCAGGAUCUGCAGCAGCAGGUGGUGAUGGUCCAGGUCCUCCAGAAAACAACAACAACAACAACAGCAGCAGCAGCAGCAGCAGCAGCAACAGCAACAGCAACAGCAGCAACAGCAGCAAUAACAACACAACAACAGAACAACCUAAACAUAUAGCAUCCCAGACAACAGCAACAACAACAACAACAACAAGUAGCAGCAGCAGCAGCAAUAACAAUAAUAAUACAUUAGCAUGUUGUGCAGCAAGAGCAGCAGCAGCAGCAGCAGCAGCAGCAGCAGCAGCAGGAGGGAAAGGGGUUGAAGAGGUGAAGAGUGGUAGUUAUCAAGGAUUUCCUCAGCCAACAUUAACAGAAGAUGAUCAACCAGCAGCACCGCUGCUGCGCAGAGUAACAGAGGCAUUAAACAGCAGCAGCAGCAGCAGCAGCAGCAGUAGCAGCAGUAGCAGCAGCAGUAGCAGCAGCAGUAGCAGUAGCAACAAUAAAGAUAAACAUUAA